CUUAGAAUCCAAUUCUUCUCAAUGGGAAGCCAAAUGAAGAAGCAAUUUGCUUGUGCUUUGGCCUUUUUCUUGAUUGCCACAUGCACUACGGCAUAUUCACCUUAUUCUUAUGGAUCAUCAGAUUCAACAUACAGUAAAGUACCAACCACAGUAGUCAAAACUGAAGACAUCAAGUCACCCUCAAAGUCAGAAAAGGAAUAUAAGGAGUCAUUUUUGCCAAAAAAUGAUUACUACAAGAAGCCAUUAGUUUCAGAAGAUAACUAUAAGAAAGUACCAUUUGUUUCCGAACAGGAAUACAAGGUUCCAUUAUUGCCAAAGAAUGACUACAACAAGAAGCCAUCAUAUUCAGAAGAUAACUACAAUAAGGUGUCAUAUGUUCCAGAGGUACCCUCGAUGGAUAAACCAGCAUAUAAGGAGUCAUUUUUUCCAAAAUUUGACUACUUCAAGAAGCCAUCAGUUCCAGAAGAUAACUACAAGAAGGCGUCAGAUGUUCCAAAGGUACCCUCGAUGGCUAAACCAGAAUAUAAAGAGUCAUUUUUUCCAAAAUUUGACUACUUCAAGAAGCCAUCGAUUUCGAAAGAUAACUACAAGAAGGCGUCAGAUGUUCCAGAGGUACCCUCGAUGGCUAAACCAGAAUAUAAAGAGUCAUUUUUUCCAAAAUUUGACUACUUCAAGAAGCCAUCAGUUCCAGAAGAUAACUACAAGAAGGCAUCAUAUGUUCCAGAGAUACCUUCAAUGGCUAAACCAGAAUAUAAGGAGUCAUAUUUGCCAAAAUUUGACUACUUUAAGAAGCCAUCAGUUUCAAAAGAUAGCUACAAGAAGGUAUCAUAUGUUCCAAAGGUGCCCUCAGUGCCUAAAGAAGAAUACGAGGUGUCUUCUUUGCCCAAGAAUGACUAUUACAAGAAGCCAUCAAUUUCAGAAGAUAACUACAAGAAGGUGUCACAUGUUCCAAAAGCACCCUUAGUGCCUAAACCAGAAUACAAGGUGCCAUCUUUGUCAAAGAACGAUAAUUACAAGAAGUCAACCGUUCCAGAAGAUAGCUACAAGAAGGUGUCAUAUGUUCCAGAGGUACCCUCAUUUGCUAAACCUGAAUACAAGGUGCCUUCUUUGUCAAAGAAUGAUUACUACAAGAAGUCAUCAGUUCAUGAAGAUAACUACAAGAAGGUGUCAUAUGUCCCAGAGGUACCCUCAGUUGCUAAGCCUGAUUACAAGGUGCCUUCUUUGCCAAAAAAUGACUACUACAAGAAGCCAUUACCUUCUCCAUCACCACCACCUCCAUAUUAUUAAAUUUUCAUCUUUCAUGUUGAACAUGUAGGUUUCAUUCAAGUCCUUCUCCAGCUCAACAUAUA